UUCACGUCCGUCGGGCUGCGGCGCUGGGAGCGGAGCGGAGCGGGGCCGGCGGGCGGGGACGAGGCGGCGGCGGCGGAGCAGCAGCUCGGAGCCGGAGCAGCUCGGAGCCCGAGCGCGCACCCGCGGCGCUUCCCUGUGCGCGCAGACUUGGAGCGGGACGCAGCCAUGAAAGAUCCCAGUCGCAGCAGCACCAGCCCCAGCAUCAUCAGCGAGGAUGUGAUUAUCAACGGUCACUCUCACGAAGAUGACAACCCCUUCGCAGAGUACAUGUGGAUGGAGAACGAAGAGGAGUUUAACAGGCAGAUCGAGGAGGAGUUGUGGGAGGAAGAGUUCAUCGAGCGCUGUUUCCAGGAGAUGCUGGAGGAAGAGGAGGAGCACGAAUGGUUCAUUCCAGCCCGUGACCUCCCACAAACAAUGGAUCAAAUCCAGGACCAGUUCAAUGACCUUGUUAUCAGUGACAGCUCAUCACUGGAGGAUCUGGUGGUCAAGAGUAAUCUGAAUCCAAACGCAAAGGAGUUUGUCCCUGGGGUGAAGUACUUAAAUAUUUGAGUAGACUGGGCGGUCUCUUGGUGGAUGUAGCACAAUUUCCACACUGUGAAGCCAGUAUUAGAAGAUUUAAUUGUAAAAGCUCUCUCUUCUUGUCACUGUGUUACACUUAUGCAUUGCCAAAGUUUUGUUAGUCUUGCAUGCUCAAUAAAAAGUGCUGAGACUGUUAUUAAGUACAAA